AUGGACAGAACCACAGGCCAGCAAUACCUGGUGGACACCGGGGCGGAGGCCAGCAUUAUUCCCGCGCAACGUUCCGGCCGAACUACACCGCCGACCUCCUAUCUUCAAGCUGUCAACGGUAGCAGGAUACCUGUUUACAAGUCGCGGUCCCUCACCCUGAACCUUGGCCUGCGCCGCGUGUUCCGUUGGGUUUUCCUCGUCGCUGACGUUCGCCGUGCUCUUAUUGGCGCUGAUUUCCUGGACCACCAUGGACUGCUGGUCGAUGUGAAACGCCAACGCCUGCUGGACACUGCUACGUUGCUCUCUGUUCAUGGCGUCGUUUCCUGUGACUCGCCUAUAGUCGCCCCAGCCACAAUUGCUGGUGAUCCUUUUGCUUGCCUCCUUCAAAAGUUCCCCAACCUCACGCGACCACCCGACUGGACAAAGCACGUACAACAUGAUGUACGUCAUCACAUCCUAACAACUGGUCCACCUGUAUUUGCUCGCCCACGACGACUCGCCCCGGACAAACUCAAGAUUGCCCGAGCAGAGUUCGAACACAUGUUGGAACUUGGAAUCAUACAACCAUCGUCCAGCAGCAGGGCGUCUCCGCUCCAUCUGGUCCCCAAGAAAAAUCAGGUGACUGGAGGCCGUGUCGGGACUACCGAUCCCUGA